AUGAGAUUCUCUUCGCUGGGUAGGAUGCCUAUCAAAUCGCUUGAGGAAAUCAGGCAGAUGUUCCAGAGGUUGUCAGUCCGGAGACAAAGUUCCUCCCCACUUCCAAGUGUAAAAGAGUCGUUGUCUGAAAGCCCCAACAGUUUUGUGAGCAAGCUGUCUAUUUUCCGAAUGAAAAUGGCUUCACCUGCUUGGGAUGGAGCCGCCCAAAGGGCAGCUGAGCCUCACCAUACCGACAGCCCAGAAAAUUCCCAAGUGCCUCAAGAACUAGAUGUGGUGAAUGUAGCUGCUGGCUGUGAAUGCAACAGCGCUGCGGCAUCCUUACCUAAACUGUGUUAUGAAGCUGAGAGCCCAGAUGAAGCUGCCUUGGUUCAUGCUGCUAGGGCUUACAGAUGUAUUUUACAGUCUAGGACUCCGGAUCAAGUAACUGUGGACUUUGCAGGUCUGGGAUCUUUAACGUUUCAGCUUUUGCAUAUCCUGCCUUUUGAUUCAGUGCGGAAAAGGAUGUCAGUGGUGGUUCGGCAUCCGGUCUCCAACGAAGUGGUGGUGUACACCAAAGGUGCAGACUCGGUCAUGAUGGAUUUGUUGAGAACUGCGUCUGAAGGUACUAAUAAUUCAGAAAUUGAACAAAAGAAGAUUAAAGAAAGAACUCAGAAGCAUUUGGAUGACUAUGCCAGAAGAGGACUGCGCACUCUCUGUGUUGCUAAGAAGGUGAUGAGCGACACAGAAUAUGCCGAGUGGUUAAAUCAUCAUUUUUUAGCGGAAACCAGUAUUGACAAUAGGGAGGAGAUGCUGCUUGAAUCUGCCAUCAGGCUUGAGACUGAACUGACUUUGCUCGGUGCCACUGGCAUUGAAGAUCGCCUGCAGGAGGGUGUUCCGGAAACAAUACAGGCACUACGGAAAGCGGGAAUAAAAAUAUGGAUGCUGACAGGUGACAAGAGGGAGACAGCUGUCAACAUUGCCUACGCUUGUAAACUGCUGGAACCGGAUGACAGAAUCUUCACUCUCAAAUCACAGAGUAGGGAUGCCUGUGCCAUGGUGAUGAGCAAAAUUUUAGAAGGCAUCCAGAAGAAUAAUUCUGCCAAAAAAAACCCCAGUGAGAAACUUUGGAAUGUCUCUGCAAGUCCCUCCACCCAAGCUCCAGGGUUCAGUGCAGGCCUGGUUAUUGAUGGAAGGACUUUAGAGCAUGUCCUUCAUGACAGCCUACAGAAUAUUUUCUUGGAACUCACAGAAAGAUGUCGGGCUGUAGUCUGUUGCCGAGCCACACCACUGCAGAAGAGUGUCCUGGUCAGACUGGUGCGAAACAAGCUAAAGGCAAUGACGUUAGCUGUAGGUGACGGUGCCAAUGAUGUCAGCAUGAUCCAGGUGGCUGACACUGGUGUGGGGAUAUCGGGCCAAGAAGGCAUGCAGGCUGUGAUGGCAAGUGACUUUGCCAUCUCACAGUUUAGACACCUCAGGAAGCUGCUGCUUGUCCACGGUCACUGGUGUUACACUAGACUUACCAACAUGGUGCUUUACUUCUUCUACAAGAACGUGGCCUAUGUGAACCUCCUGUUCUGGUACCAGUUCUUCUGUGGGUUUUCAGGCACAUCGAUGACUGACUACUGGACCUUGAUUCUUUUCAAUCUCCUUUUUACGUCGGUGCCACCCAUCAUUUAUGGUGUCUUGGACAAAGAUGUGUCUGCGGAGAUACUCAUGCAGCUCCCACAGCUCUACAUGACGAACCAGAAAUCUGUGGCUUACUUGCCUUCAACUUUCUGGAUAACUUUGCUGGAUGCUUUCUACCAAAGUCUCAUUUGCUUUUUCGUGCCUUACUUUACUUACUGCGGCUCAGACAUAGACAUUUUUUCUUUUGGGAACCCCAUAAACACAGCAGCGCUCUUCGUCAUACUGUUUCACCUUCUCAUUGAGUGCAAGUCUGUGACUUGGAUACAUACAGUUGUUACAGUUGGCAGCAUCCUGUUGUACUUCAUCUUCGCUCUGGCUUUUGGGGCAACCUGCAAAACCCACAACCCACCAUCAAAUCCUUACUGGAUCAUGGAAAAGCACAUGACAGACCCGGUGUUUUACUUCGUUUGCCUCCUGACUACGUGUGUUGCCCUGCUACCCAGGUACUUGCUGCGAGUUCUCCAAGGAACGCUCUUUCCAUCUCCGGUGUUGAGAGCCAAGCACCUUGACAGACUGACCCCUGAGGAGCAGAGGGAAGCAAUUAAGAGGUGGACAGAUGACGGCAUCGUAAACGGUAGAGUGGAGUUCCAGGCUGCUUCUGGGUCUUCCAGCUCAGCCACAGGUGCCAUAUCAGAGGAGGAAAGUGUUUUGCCAACACCUAAAACACCUCAGGCCUGCUGAGGCAGUGGGUUAGUAGAGGACACCUCCUUCUUACCAGAGAUUUGGGAUGAGUCUGGGACUACAAACGCCUUGAACUCUGAAAAGACCCCGUGUCUGCAUUCGCCAAAGGAAACUGAUGCAGACGCGCUUGGCGGUGGUAACUCAUGUGCCAGCCUCUGCGUGUGCCUCUCAGGAGGGCAGCAGUGCUGUUUCUCUGGCACACAAAGCAGGUUGGAGUUCCCGUUGGUGUGA